AUGUCCCCCAACUACAUCCGGAGCUUCUCGGAGGGAUGUCUCAGGCCGCCAACAGUAAUUGGACAAUUCCACACUCUUUUUUUUGGCUCAAUUCGAAUGUUUUUCCUUGGUGUUUUGGGCUUUGCUGUUUAUGGAAAUGAGGCCUUGCAUUUCAGCUGUGAUCCAGACAAGAGAGAGGUUAAUCUUUUCUGUUACAACCAGUUCAGACCAAUAACUCCUCAGGUGUUCUGGGCUUUACAGCUGGUGAUUGUACUGGUGCCUGGAGCUUUUUUUCACCUUUACGCUGCUUGUAAAAGCAUCAAACAGGAAGAUAUUCUCCAAAAGUCAUCCUACACUGGUUUUUAUAUCUUCUCUGUUUUCUUAAGGAUCGUCCUUGAAGUUGUGGCUUUUUGGCUUCAGAUUCAGCUCUUUGGUUUCAAAGUGAACGCAAUCUACAUGUGUGAUGUGGGAGCACUUGAAAAAAAGUUUAACAUUACCCGGUGCAUGGUGCCAGAGCACUUUGAAAAGACAAUCUUUCUUAUUGCAAUGUACACAUUUACUGUGAUUACAGUGAUCUUGUGUGUUGCUGAAAUUUUUGAGAUCUCAUGUAGAAGGCUAGGUUUCUUAAAAACUCAGUGA